AAUACUAGCACUGCCUAACGUAUCUAGCGUCAAAUCAAGCGGCAGUUUACGGAGAUUGCGUAUCAUGUUUCACUGUUGAAAAAAAAAAAGGCAGAAGGAGGUUGUUGUUGUUUGGUGACAGGGAGAAGAAAAACGAGAAAGAGACACGAUGCUGGUGAAACGGAAAUAAUAUAUUUAUCUGUACACCUAUUGGAGAACCUGUACAGAGUGGUUAUAAAUGUGCUUUUAAUCUGCUGGAGAUGGAAAAGGGGACAGCGACCUGCCUGACCAGUGGAGCCUGUCUCUAGAGGGAACACUGCUACCUCCUCGGAGUGCCAUGACCACAGGAGAGUGCUGCCAUCUGCCCGGCUCGCUGUGUGACUGCACUGGCAACGCGGCACUGUCCAAAACCGUGGAGGAGUCCGACAUCCGAAGGGCGCAGUACGUCACACAGGUCACUGCCAAGGACGGCAGGCUCCUGUCCACAGUCAUCAAAGCGCUGGGGACACAAAGCGACGGGCCCAUUUGCCGAAUCUGCCAUGAGGGGGGCAGUGGGGAAGGGCUGCUCUCCCCAUGCGAUUGCACUGGGACCCUGGGCACUGUCCACAAGAGCUGCCUGGAGAAGUGGCUCUCCUCCUCCAACACCAGCUACUGUGAGCUGUGCCACACAGAGUUCACUGUGGAGAGGAGGCCCAGGCCCCUGACCGAGUGGCUACGAGACCCCGGCCCACGCAACGAGAAGAGGACGCUGUUCUGUGACAUGGUGUGCUUCCUCUUCAUCACCCCGCUGGCUGCCAUCUCGGGCUGGCUGUGUCUGCGGGGCGCCCAGGACCACCUCCAGUUCAACAGCCGGCUGGAGGCCGUGGGGCUCAUCGCGCUCACCAUUGCACUUUUCACCAUCUACGUCCUGUGGACACUGGUUUCAUUCCGCUAUCACUGUCAGCUGUAUACGGAAUGGAGGCGAACCAAUCAGAAGGUCUGCCUGAUGAUUCCUGACGCCAAGGGCGCACACUCUACCCAGCAGUCCUUGCUCUCUGCCAAGCUGAUGAAGAAGACAGCUGACGAGACCAUCGUAUGAAGCCCCCCGGGUGGGAGUGGGGAAGAGGAGGCGUUGGGCUGAGCAGAAUGGACUUGAUCCUCAUCAUGCCUCACACGCCAACUCAAGUUUAAAAAAAAAAAAAAAAAAAAAAAAAUUUAACUAUAAACACUAACCUUCCUCCAAAAUUGCAUUUCCCUUUGAACAAAGCCAACAAAAUCUGAAGUGUUUUCAUGACCCCUUCCUGUUGGUCGGCACAGAUCUUCCAAACAUUGGGUUAAUCCCGCCUACAGGCUUCCCAGUAAAGAUGGGGUCGGAUCGCUUUGAUGGCAUCUACCAGUAUAGAUGGCAUACGUAAUCUUUACCUAAAAUAUAUAUAUAGUUUUUGUUUUGUUCAACGCAGCCUGCUUCAUGUAACGUUCUUUUUUGAUAACCAAUUGCAACAAAUGACUCUUUACAUGCGUUCAAGGCCUUCCAUUUGGGUGGCAACAGUUGGCACUGGAUCUCCUGCCCAGUCUUGGGAGGCUUGGCUGUUCUCCUCCAGGUCUGCUGGAUGAACAGGGUAAAGUGACACGAGAUGGAGAACGUUGUCCGGGCAGCCUGAGUCGGUGGUGGCUUUUACAUGAUCGAAGUGGAGGACGGAGGUUUGUGACGAGUCUGACCUGUUUGAAGUGUAAAAGUGAUUUCUCCUUUCUCCUACACCUCCAUGGUUGCCGGGAGUGACUUAUCGUCCCGUGGAGGGUGCAAUAAACAUUUAGAGCACUGUCCUUCUCGUUCUUGUGGUGUGAAAUGGACACACAAACCCACGGUUUUGCAUGCAUGCACAUAAGAUUGUUUGUUUGUUUGUUUGUUUGUAGGGAAGAAAACAUGUUUCUUAAAUCCAAUUUAAAAAAAAAAAAAAAAUUAUAAUUUAAAGACCCAAGCCUUGCAACUUACAAAAAAAAAAAAAACUGUGCUAUAUUUGGAAGGAGAGGCUCUGGAGACCAGGUUCCUGUGCUUUCAGUGCAACAGGGUCAGUGUGACUGGACACUUGGGAAGAAUUAUUUUUAACCAACACUAAGGUGCUACAGUUAUGUAUACUUAAUCUUUUUUGAAGAAAAACCAUGCAGAAAUGCACUUGCAUAAGAUUAGGUCAAUUUUUAUUUCAGUAUAGUAUGUAUGUGUAAAUUGCUCGUCUGUGCAUCCUAUAAUUUGUGAUUUUUAAGUGUACUUUAAAUCCAUGUUGAUGUUCAGCAGGUAUCUUCUAAUCCACAUCGGUUCGCAUGUGAAGGUGUGCCACAGACGCGAGUCGGGGACAGUGUGGCAUUAAUGCUCUCUGUGGAUCUGAGUGCAAGUAGCCCAGUGGGUACUGGGCUGCAGUGCAGCUGUGCUGUGUGGCACUGGAACACAUGUUCUGUCAGGGGUACGGAUCCUUCUAAUGCCACCUGCACUGGUCACCAAUAGAAUUGCAUUCUUACCACAGGGAAUUAAAUCAAAAGCAUUAGGAUAGAUCCAGCACGGUUUUGUAGUAUCUUUUUUCAUUACAAUAAUUGGAGCAGCAUGGAGGUUUGAACUAUGUUGCAUAGCCUACCUUGCAACCUAUAGACAGUAAAUGUGGACUGAACAAAAAUACUAAUUGGGGACUGUUUGUAAAGAACUAGUUUUUUUUGUAAUGCUCCAUAUCUCUCAUUUCAUCAUUUUUAUAAUUUGACAAUGAUGCACUUAAUUGAUGAAGGCUAAAUGAUUCCAUUAAUCUUGCCUGUUGUGCUCUGUCAUUCGCUAUAGAGGUCUCUUGUGCAAUUUUCAUUAGCUUCCUUACCUAUAGCCCCCUUUAGGUAUAUGAAAUUAGAUUGUUACAACUCUUUGUACAGACAUGCACACUGUUAGCGAAUACCCUUAAGAUGAAACCCAGCGAACUACCUUCAAAAUUGAAAACUACCAAAGCUUUAAUUCCGGGGCAAUAGGAGGGAUCGGAAAAAAUCUUACUCCCUAAAAGUGAUUUGAAUCACGAGCUCCAAUCUGGGAAACUAGGGGAUAAAAGAACUCUUGCUUACAAUCAUGUGUUUUUUUAGUGUUACUUUUCAUUUGUUUUUGUUUUGUUGUGGAGAUGUCAAGCCCCUAGUGUAAGCUGGUGUUGCGUACCCUUUUGUAUUAAUAGACCUCAUCUUGAAGUUUAUUUUGUGUAGUAGAAUAGAAAUGGCCUUGUAGCACUUUGCCUUUGUCUCCCGUCCUUUACCAAAAUGUUGUGGUCACCAGCAAGCUAGCUGAAACUGCUAUGCAAGCAAAAAAAAAUAUAUAUAUAUAUAUGUUUGUAGCAAAGAAAUUCCUAUUCCCUCCCCAAUUCCUCCAUGCUCCCAAACACCUGCGUGUAUCUUUACUGGUGUCAGCAGCCUCAAGCCUGCGGAUGAUUGUGCAAUCGUACUGACUGAGAAAUGCUGCCUGAAAUUAUUUUUAUUGUUUAAAGGCCUGUUUUUAGUAAUGGCACCCAAAGCAAAGAGCAGGGUGUGAUAGAUCUGCACUGUUAAAGAGGUGGUUUUGGUACUAUUUUAAUGAUCUGUGGAAAAUAAAGAAGGAAACCAUGCACAUGGAUUUGAAAGGUUGUGUACGAUGCAGUCGUUGGAGACGGUCAUUUUCAGGGGUCGGCACCGUGUCGCGGCAUAAUCUUGGCUACGGACAAACAAAACUGAGUUCUACACAAUUCCGUGCGUGUUGGACUGCCAUGGACAUGGAUAACUCUUGCCACCGUCAUGCGUGUCCAUGUACGGACAAGUUGCCGACCCCUGGUCUUUUAAGGCAUUUCUUUAAGCACUUGUUUUGUAUAGAUAUUUUUCCGAGUCGGUUAAAUAUCGUGCCAAAGCCUGAACCCCAGUGAAAUAAAAAUAUAUUUAUGUGGCACUUUGAACAAAAAAAUGUUAAAACCUCUAUAUACCAUAGAUAGUGUUUUAAUUGUAUUGUAAGAAAUGGUUCUCUCCUUGAAUGGAUCACGUCCAUAGUAAUCGUUCUACCAGCUGGCAUAGAGUUAACUGCUCCAGUGCCAACUGAUUUUAAAACUGCCUCCUAUUGCUACCCGGGGGUGGAUGCUUAUAGGCAAUUAUACUACUAGUGUUUGUAAAAUAAAUAAAUUAAUUAAUAAAUACAUGCAUUUAAAAAAUCUCA